GGCCGAAGUCCACGAUCGGGGAGCUGAACGACACGGAGGAGUACCUCGUGAGCAAAGGGUUCGAAUCAAACGACCUCGCGUCGUGCAAAAAGUACCUCGCGAUGGUCUCCGAGCACGCCGCGCGUCGCCCCGGGCCGACGCGAUCCGCGGCGUCGCGACUGCUCGCGGAUCCGAAGCGCGCGCGACUGUCGAAGCUCGACGAAUACGAGCACCUGGAGCAGCUCGCGCUCGCGUCGCUGGAUCUCGGCGCGCUCGAGGACGCGGAGAGCGCGUGCGCGAAACUGUACGACGCGUUUCCGGGCAGCGCGCGCGUGGGGAGGCUCGCGGGGAUGAUCAUGGAAGCGAGCGGACGGCACGACGAGGCGCUGAAGCAUUACGAGAACGUUUUGGAGAAGCACCCGGCGGAUCAGAGGGUCAUGAAACGAAAAGCCGCGUGCCGUUACGCGUCCGGAGACCUCCCCGGCGCGAUCGAGGAGCUCGUGAAGUACCUCGACGUGUUCAUGGCGGACGUCGACGCGUGGGACUGGCUCGCGGAUCUAUACGUCGCGGCGCGGCGGUACGACCGAGCGAUCUUCUGUCUCGAAGAAGUCGUCGUCGCGCGACCGAGCGCGCAUCGGUUCCAUCGUAAGAUCGCGGACGCGUACUACGCCGUGGGGGGGGAUAAGUCCAUAACGAGCGCGGAGAGAGAGGACGCGCUGAACAACGCGCGGAAGUAUUACGCCGCGGCGGUGGACCAGUCGAUCGGGCGGGACGUCCGAGCGCUGUACGGGUUGACGCAGGUGGACGCGCGCUUGAAGUCGGCGGCUGGGAAAAAAGGCGGCGGCGGCGGCGGCGGCGGCGGCGGCGGCGGAGCCGGCGGGGAAGAUUUCGAGCUCGGCGGCGCGCGUCUGAGCGAGCGCGCGGCGGGGUACCUGUGCGCGAUGUACGAGCAGAAGAACCCGGGGUUAGCGCCGAUCGUGGCGAAGCAGCUCGGGCGGUCGGUCGGUCGGUAGGAGGAGAAGACGGAGCGAACGACGACGGACGGACUCCGAGCUUUGCUUUGCUUUGCGGCGCGGUCGUCUUCGUUCCAAUUUUUUUUUCUACAUCUACUCCUCUCGCC